AUGUCUGUCCACACCGUAGCCGCUUCCAAGCGCUCGCCCGCCCAGAUCGCCGACGAUGUCCUCUCUGUCAUCGAGUCGUACCGGCUAAAGGCCUCCCCAUUUGACCCCAAGAUCAUUCCGCAGGCUCGGAAUACUUUUCUCCCGUUGAUCCAGAAGGCUGUUGAAAAACAGACGCCCAUCUCGCUCACACUUCCCGCCUUUCCCUUCAAAUCGCCCAACACCGAGGACAAGGUCCUGGGAACAUUGCCGGACAAGGCAGAGGAAGUUGCGCUGAAGCAUCUCCAAGGCUUCUGCGAUAACAUCAAAGAUGCGUAUGCGCCUGGCGCCGAGCUCACCAUCGUCUCUGAUGGAAUUGUCUACAGCGAUCUUCUCGACGUCCCAGACUCUACUGUGUGGGAGUAUGGGGAGCUCCUUCGCCAGAUGGCGAUUGAGCUUGACUGCAACUCUAUUCACUUCGCUCGUCUUUCCAUGAUGCCUGCUCUGAAGGACAAGCUCCCGGCGGAGCUCCUCCACUACACUGACACGGCCAGCUACGAAAAGGCCGCCCCCUUGGUCCGUGAGCUUCUUAUGGAGACGUACGGUGAGAGGGGUUAUGACGUCAACAAGCACAUCGCCGCCGACGAGAGUGUCAAAGCCACAUAUAUGGGCUACCUCAAGUAUCUCUCUCGCGAUCUCCGCAAGGCCGGAGAGGCUUCGGGAGAGCAGUCGGAUUCUUCAGGCGUCUCCUCGUCGGGCGGAUCGGACAGUGAUGCGUCUACUGGAAGCCGCAAGGCCUUCAAGAGGAAGGUGUCCAGAGUGUCCAAGCAGAUGAUCGCCCGCGGAAAGUGCUACGCAGCGUGCGUCAAGGAGGCCUUCCCCGACUCGGUGCGCCUCUCGAUCCAUGCAGCCAACUCGACGACCAAGAUCCCCAUUACCGUCAUGCCCAACGUGCAGAACCGGCCCAUCACGCCAUGGCACUCGGUCAUGACCUGCCGGCUGGACGGCUCCUUCAUCCCGAUGACGCGCCGUGAAGUCAAGGAGGCGAAGGACCUCGAGCCCGUGUACAAGGCCGACGGCCAGCUGUGGUGCUACCGCGAGAAGUCUGCCCUCUAUGACCUCCCUAGCGCCGUGUCCAUCGAGCACACGUACCCGAUGGGCCUGCUGAUCCGCUACGCGCCCAACACGCCCUUCGCCGCAGCCGACAUGCACAAGGUGCGCAAGCUCUCGGAGCACAACUCGCCCGUCGUCCUCCGCGGGCUGGCGGGCACGACGGACCGCGAGGCCUUCCUCUCCAAGGGCCGCGAGAUGGGCACCAUCAUGAAGUGGAAGUUCGGCGAGCUGCUCGAGGUCAAGGACGGCGGCGAGGAGGCGCAGGGGCUCAACAACGUGCUGUCGGCCGAGCCCAUGCCGUUCCACUACGACGGCCUGUUCAAGGUCGUCAACGGCGUGUCAACGCCGCCACUGUUCCAGAUGUUCGUCGCCGUGACGGCCAGCCCCAAGGGCCACGGCCACACGCUGUUCGCCACCAGCCCGCUGCUGUUCCAGCACCUGACCGGCGGCUACACCGCCGACGACCUGCGCAAGCACAAGUGGUGCGUCAUCACCGACGCCUUCGACCACAGCCGCUUCGGCGACCUGCCGCUCGUCGUCGACCACCCCCAGACCCGCACCCCGUGCAUCCGCUACCACGAGUUCUGGCCCCAGGAGCGUACUCGCUUCACGCCUACUCACGUGCACAUUCAGGAUGUUGAUGAGGCUGAGGACGAGCGCAUCCGCACUGCUAUUGAGCGCGCACUGUUCGACCGCCGCGUUUGUCUGUAUCAGGGCUGGGAGAAGGGCGACGUGCUCAUCAACGACAACGUCCUCACCAUGCACACGCGUGAGGGCUACACGUCGAGCUUCGGCCGGGAGCUUUGGCGGCUGCAUAUUGACUAA